UCUGCGCCGACCGAAACUCCAGCCCUGCCAGAGAGGUUCCGGGGCUGGCUGCGGCUGGAGGCGGCGGAAUGGAGACCCGAACCCAGGACGCGGGACUGACCGGCCGCCCCACGCUGGCCUCUUCCUGGGGCGCGGCGAGCGGGGCCCUGGCCCAGAGCCUCCUCCUCACCCGGGCUGGCGUCGGUGCCCCGGACCUCGACUGGGAGGAGCUGCUGGCGCCGCCUGCUCCGGGCCAGGACCUGGUGCGCCUGAGCGGGACCCCCGACCCCCGAGGCGGAGCCCCCUGCUUCCUCGACCUGAGCUGCGACCCCGAGCGGGGUGAAGAGGUCCUCGCGCUGGCCAUCCUGAGCUCGGCGAGAAACAUGGAGGUGUACGCGGGAGAGGAGUACUGCGGCACCGGCAGGGGCAAGCGCGCCUGCUCCGUCCCCGACGGCAGUGAACAUGAAAAGAUUAUUUUAUACAAAAAAUAUCUAAAAUUGGAAUCUUCCACACGUGCCUGUAAAAUAAAGUUGCUGUCCUUUGGUGAAAAGCAGUGCGUGUUCAUCAGUAAAGUCGUCGUAUAUGUGAGACCAGCUUUAGCAAAUUCUUCACCAAGCUCUCCUGCUCUAGGAUCAAGGAUAGACCUUGACAAGGUCCAAACCAUAAUGGACUCCAUGGGGUCAAAGUUAUCACCUGGAGCUCAGCAGUUGAUGAAUAUGGUUAGAUUUCAGCAGCAGAACCGUAUUCCCCUUGGAGAGCAGCUCCAGUCCGUUUUGGGAACUGCCGGGUACAAGCACAUGACUGCGCUCCAGCCGUCGUCCACCUCAGGACCCCCGGACAAGUCGUCCUCCACACCUUUCCCGUUCAGAACUGGAUUGACCUCUGCAAACGGGACUGAAAACGUGCAGACUUUCAUGGAUGAAAGCACAAGGCCACCUGGGGAGGGAAGUACCACCAACCGUGACGGGUGUAAGACUGCGCCGCAGAACCAUUCCCUUCUUGAAAAUGAUCUUAAAAAUGCAGUCUCUUCUUUCUCACCGAAGAAAGCAAGUGGCAGCUCCCUGCCCAGCUCCGAGUUGCUGCCCUUUCUCCAGAAUUUAUGCAGUCAAGUCAACCAUCUCCGAGUGGGACAUAAUGCCAAGUGGCAGGAAAACCUCUCCAAGCCCCGUGAAGGCAUUGUCGGUGUUGCAAUGGAAGAACAGCCUAUUUGCUCCUACUUGGAGAAGAUUCUCUCUAAAAAUAUGGAACUGAUGGAAAAGAAACUUGUGGACUACAUUGAUCAGCGAAUGCAUCAACUGCAGGAGCACAUAGAUGACAAGGUAGCCUUGUUGAUGGACUUCCUGCAAAAUCCCAACUCCCCGCCCACUGGGCUGCCUCUGAGACAUUGUGACUCUGGAGAAAGACUUUCCAAUGGAGAAAGAUAAGCUCUCAGCGUAUAGUGACCUGCAGAUAUUUAUUACCUAUUUAUUACAAAACCCAAACCUAAAAACAUUUAUGAAAGCCAAGUAUUUGAUGUCCUGUGAAGGCUCAUCGGCUGACAUAAAGUGACCUCAGUGUUUUUACUGCCCUUGUUACUGUAAAUCCAGUACUGUACACUAAGAGUUAACACCGAAGUCAGAAGUUAUUCUUGUUUGCAAUGUUUUUCACUUACAGAUUUUUUAUAUGCUUGUGUGUUGUCUUUAAAUGCUUAUGAAUUUCUAAUGCAGUUCAUUGGUUUGUAUUGUAUAUGUGUUCAGUUGAAUUGAAUUUUUUUUAUUUAUGUAGACACCUUAUUUUAUAGUCUUAGGAAUAUGAAAAAUAGUGUUUAGAGUAUUUGAUAUUCUUUUCUUUAUCUAAUUGUUCUUGGAAUAUUGGAUAUUUAUAACCUUUAAUUCAAGUCACCAAUUUACAUUUUGUGUUGUUUAUUUAAGGUAAUGAAUCGAACACCAUGUUUGAUAUGUGGAAAAUUAGUUUACACAGUGGAAAAUUAGUUUACACCAAGGCUGUUAGUACUGUUUGUUUUAUUAUAAGGUAGCUAUAUAUAGGAAAGUAUAAAAUCAGAACCAGCCUAUUCCUUUUUAAGAUUACUACUUUGACUUUGAUGUUUGACAUAAAAUGGGAGCAUUCAUCUCAUUUGGUCUUAGUAGCCCCAGACAAUAAAAGGAAGUCUUUCUUUUCUUAAACUGAUACAAGUUCUUCUCCCCAGAGUCCUUCCUGGCAUAUUUAAUGUGUGACAUCCUGAGAAUCUGCAUUGAAGUAUUAAGACAUAUGAAUAAAGGAGGUUACAAGACUCUAGCAGACUUAAUUUUCAGAAUUUAUAACUUGUAUACAUGUUGAAGGGUGAUGUAUUUGCAGCUAAAAAUAAAUGCAUCUACUCUGGAAGCUGCUUGUCUUAAGCAAAUAGAACUCUCAUCUUGAACUAAUUUUAUUUUAAAUUGUUUCAUGUUUUAGAAAAAGGAUUAUUUCAUACUCAUUUAUUAUUUUGGCAAAUUUGUUCUCUAAAAUGAGGGCUAAUUUACAUAUGGCAUAUUCAUUUUUAUUUUACUACAAAGGUGACACAAUAUAUUAAACACACUGACCAUAGUCUCAAGGAUUUGCAUAUCAUUUUUGCUAGUCCUUUAUUGACCAUUAUUCAUGGGACAAUCAGAACAUAUAGUUCUAAGGUAGCAUUUCCUUAUUGAGAAUUAAUCUGUCUCAAGGCUAAACUCAGGAGUGCAGUCUUACAGCUUCUGGUAGUUUGGGUCUACUCAUUGAUUCAUAGAAUGCCUCACUGGAAUGCAGCCACAAUCGCUGAUUCCGAGCAAGGACCAUGAAUGAAAAUGGAUACAGACAGUUGAAAGACCAAGUCUGAGUUCUUUCUGCAUGUAUUUGAUGGUGAAAUACUGUAACUGAGAGGGAAGAUUUUAAAAAGUAAUAAUUGGCAAUAUGAAUGUCACAUAUGUAUGAAAUUCUGGGGGUUUUAUGUAUUUAUUAAGAUUUAAAACAAAACCAGUACAACAAUGGAACUUAUUGAAUUAGUCAGUAUGUUAAAAAUCAGACAAAAUACCCAUAAAAGUAUUUCUAUUUCAAAUGACUGAUUUGAGUUUUAUUUUCUAAUGUGUAGUAGCAAAUUUGUGAACUUAAAAGUAUUAUAGUCAAAGAGCUUAUGCAGCAUCAUUAAUAGUAUUUUCUAUAGCUCU